AUGAUUGUGGCAUCGUUUCGGUGACGGCAACCCGUGGGACAGACGACAUCCUCGAGCUCGACCGACUGACUGCCUGCCCGCUUAAGACGACACUACCAUGUCUGUCGCGAUCCAGACGCCGGGCGUCUUUGCGGUGACGAGCAUACCAGCCCCCUUGGUGACCGCUGGACCCGACCUGUUUCGCCGCCAGGACGACACGGAAACCUGUGGUUUCUGGUCCUUCUCCGACCGCACGUCACCCUACUCCGAGUACGUGUGCCCGGGGGGCUGCACCACGCAGUGGAGCGCAGGCCUGCACGGCUGCAAGGACACUUUUGCGUCGACCUGUUACGACGCCAAUGACAGCUACUGCUCGUCGGAUGUGUCUCUGCUCCCGGGCGAACUCUGCUGCACCGGAGACACUUACACCAACUGCGUCACGGCGUCCAAGAAGGACGAGGGCCGCUGGCUGGUGGCCUACGAGUGCUGGGUGGGCUUGAGCGGCGAGGCCUACAUCUCCGUCUCCGCGACCAUUGUCGAGACGACCGACGGUACCACCGUCACCACGGAGAUCACCACGGAUGUACCGACCGCCACCGAGACCGACGAUUCGGGGGAGAGCAAGGCCACCAACAGCCCCACGGCGGACGCAAGCGAGAGCGAGACAGCCGGCAGCGCGACCAGCGACGCGAGCACGAGCGACUCAACAGGCGAUGCGUCAGAGGAUGACAGCAAGGACAGCUCGGGGGCUCCCAUCGGCGCCAUUGUCGGCGGUGUCAUUGGCGGCGUGGCUCUGAUCCUGGGUAUCGCGUUUGGUCUCUGGUUCAUGCGCUUCUACAAGCGCAAGCACGCGAAGCAGACGGGCGCCGAGCCCAUGCGCGAAGACCACCCCAACACAUCCUACUACGGCGGCGCUGGUGGUGCCUACGUGCCACCGGCCGGGACGAGUCAGGGCGGCUCGCCCAGCGUGACCUCUGGAUACCACGGCAGCAGUGAUCCCAGCCAUGGUAGCAGCUAUCCAAUGCAGAACGGUGCCUGGGGAUACCAGCUACCGGCCGAGGCCAAGCCCGCGCAGCCGCACGCGCCGGUGGAGAUGCCCGGGAGCCACGAGCGGGCGGAACUGCAGUGAUGAUGGUCAAGGGCAUGGUCGUCGGUUGGGGAGGAGAGUUCUGCGUUCUGCGGCAUUGUCUUGGCGUUCCG